AGAGAGCGAGAGCGAGUGAGUGGGGGUGGGGGGUUGUCAUCGCUUGCUCAUUCUGAGCUGUGCUGCGCUCAAAGUACUGGAGGAAGUAGAGGAAAAGUAGUUAGUCCUUUAAGAAAGUUGCAGGGUUGGAUCCGUGGAUCCGUGGACUGCACCCAUUGCUUUUUCCCCCCCCUCCCUCAUUGCCUCCUAAUUUGGGAUUUGUUUGGGGACGGGAGACGGUAGCACAUCUGUGAGAGUUUGCCUUGCUGGGAGACAGAGUACUAAGCUUCCAUUCUCACCCACAAAAUGUCUGAUUCCACUGUUAAUGUCCAUUUGGAGGGGAUCAUCUCAGAUUUUGAAGCUCUAAAAAGAUCGUUUGAAGUGGAGGAGGUGGACACCACCACAAACCCCUCACCUCUUUCCCGCAGAACGGCCAAUCCACUGCGCUCUUCCACCAGCUCUGCCACUAGCCGCUUCCAUGACCUGAGCUCCCGCAACUCUGACAGUUCCUCCAGACAUGGCUCGGAAAGCUCCUCCAGUUGCCAACGCUCCCCUAAGAGUGGUCUGCGGCGUGUGGAGCUUUCCGGAGUCCGUGUUCCCGAGGCAUCUUCGCGCAGGACGGAGAUCUCCAUCGACAUUUCCUCUAAGCAAGUGGACAGCUCACCCAGCCCAGGCAUCACCCGCUUUGGCCUGAAGAGACCCGAAGUCUCGCUCCAUAACAGAACUCCGGAGGUGGGGCCUCACAGGAGGGCGGAGAUCACUCUGGGCCGACCACAGGAGCCCACGGCUCCCCUACGAAGAGCCGACGCCCCUGCGCUGGCCUCCCGGAUCCCCGAGCCUGUCCAGAGGAAGAUGGAGUCUUCAAGCCCCGUGGAGAUGUCACCUCUGUCCAGACGGCCUGAGAUGUCCGUGAACAGACAGGUGGAGACCCCAUCUCCAGCCAGAGAGUCUGAGAACAGCUUCACCUCAGCAGUCAGCGGCAUCCCAAGUUUUACCGAGUAUAAAACCCCACCAGCAAUGCAGGAGAACUUCAACAGAGCCCCAGAGCGGUCAGAGGUCAUUUCCAGCCACACCUCCAGCAGCAGCAGCAGCAGCAGCAUGGCGGAGGCGGGACUUCCUGAGGUGCCACCGCUUGCGGGACCGGACAAGCCCACCAUGGACUUCAGCUACGUGGGCAUCGACGCCAUCCUGGAGCAGAUGAGGAGGAAGGCCAUGAAGCAGGGCUUUGAGCUCAACAUCAUGGUAGUGGGGCAGAGUGGUUUGGGGAAGUCCACGCUGAUGAACACCCUCUUCAAGUCUAAAGUGAGCCGAAAGUCAGUCAUGGGCACACCCGAGGAACGGAUCCCCAAAACCAUCGAGAUCAAAUCAAUCAGCCACGAUAUUGAAGAAAAAGGUGUGAGAAUGAAGCUGACGGUCAUAGACACACCAGGCUUUGGGGAUCAGAUAAACAAUGAGAACUGCUGGCAGCCCAUAAUGAAGUUCAUUAAUGACCAGUAUGAGCAGUACUUGCAAGAGGAGAUCAACAUUGACAGGAAGAAGAGGAUCCCAGACUCCCGGGUUCACUGCUGCAUAUACUUCAUCCCCCCCACAGGACACUGUCUGAGGCCUCUGGAUGUGGAGUUCAUGAGACGACUAAGUAAAGUGGUGAACAUCGUGCCGGUCAUCGCCAAGGCCGACACCCUGACUCUGGAGGAGAGGGACUUCUUCAAGAAGAAGAUCAGGGAAGAGCUGCGAGCGUACAGCAUCGACGUCUAUCCUCAGAAGGAGUUUGAUGAAGAUGCAGAGGACAGACUGAUCAAUGAGAAGAUCAGAGAGAUGAUUCCGUUUGCAGUGGUGGGGAGUGACCAGGAGUACCAGGUCAACGGGAGGAGGCUCCUGGGAAGGAAAACUAAAUGGGGUACCAUAGAAGUUGAGAAUAUCACUCAUUGUGAGUUCGCCUACCUGCGGGACCUCCUUAUCAGAACCCACAUGCAGAACAUCAAGGACAUCGCCAGCAGCAUCCACUACGAAAUGUACCGCGUGCGUCGCCUCAAUGAGAACAACAUGCAGGCCAACGGGCUGGCUGACCACCACCCAGCCUCUCCUGAGAUCUAGAGCUCUUUCCAUACCCCAUCCACCCUGAUACACCCCCACCCCCGCCCCAGCCCCAGCCUGUGAGGGAGGAUGGGGGCACUUAUGAACUACGGUUACCCCCACCUCCAGCACACAGCCUCCCCACGCCACAGCCUCCCUGCCGUGAAGGUGCGAGACGAGCUCCUCAGCCUAAAGCUGCUCCUCAGCCUGCACUCACUUCAGGCCAGUGCCAGUCACGCUGCGAAGGUGCGUUCACAUGGCUCGAGCGUUCCAGGGCCCUUUCGAGACGGAGCCGUGCGGCACUCCGAGGUGUAUACUCCUUCCACUCUGCGGUUGCCUUUAACAGCGUUUAACAAAAUGCCUGUUUUGUUGUUUGUUUGCUUGAUUCCCUGUAACCUGCUGUCUGUCUAAAACGGUUUUUGGUGUGGUUGUGAGUGCUACGUUCUGCGCCGUGUGAAGGCCCAGGCUCUGAAGUCCCCGCUGAACACCCAGGGCCUCACCCACAUGUGCAUGGAUCCCAUUCUAGAAUGACGACAAUUAUCUGUCCAAUUCCAGAAUUAUUUUCUUUUCCUUGAAUUGACAUAAUCCAGGCCAUAUAGUUUUAUUAUUUAACUGUUUGUUUUUACGACCCCCCCCCCCAAAGAUCCC